GUCUUACUUUUUGCCAUCUUGGCCAUUGAACUUAAACGAAAAGCUCCAAAUGCUCACACUUUCCUUGAAAUUAUCAAAGUUCGUUAUGGAAAGCCCGCUCAUAUUGUGUUCUUGUUCUUUGGGCUGGCUACAAACAUGAUCGUAACUGCUAUGUUGCUACUUGGCGGUUCUGCUGUGGUUAAUGCUCUUACUGGUGUCAAUACUAUCGCCUCUUGUUUCUUGCUUCCACUUGGUGUGCUUAUUUAUACUUUAUUUGGUGGUAUCAAAGCAACCUUCUUAACGGAUUAUGUUCACACCACCGUAAUUUUUAUCAUCCUCCUUUCCUUUUUAUUCACCGUCUAUUGUACUUCUCCUCAAAUUGGUUCACCUGACAAAAUGUACGAACUUCUUGAGAAUGCUUCUCGACAAAGACCUGUUGAUGGUAAUGAAAGUGGUUCUUAUUUAACAAUGUCUUCUUUACAAGGUUUAAUUUUCGGUAUUAUCAAUAUUGUUGGAAAUUUCGGAACU